AUGACGGACCACUUCACACCUGCUAAGAGAACGAAAGAAGUAGAUAAUCUUGAAAGUAUAAAAGAAGAAUGGGUUUGUGAAACAGGAUCUGACAACCAACCUCUCAGUGAUAAUCAACAAACUACUUGUGAAUAUUUUGUUGACAGCCUUUUUGGGGAAGCUCAGAAGGUUGGUGCCAAAUGCUUGUCUCCCACUGAACAGAAAAAACAGGUAGAUGUAGGUAUAAAAUUAUGGAAAAACUGAUUUACAGUCAAUGAUGAUUUCAGAAGUUAUUCUGAUGGUGCAAGUCAACAGUUUCUGAACUCCAUCAAAAAAGGGGAAUUACCUUUAGAAUUACGGGGAACUUUUGAUAUAGAGGAAGCAGAUGUUAAAGUCGAGGAUAAGAAAAAUGAAGUAUGUAUGUCGACAAAGCCUGUGUUCCAGCCCUUCUCAGGACAGGGUCACAGACUGGGAAGCGCCACACCAAAAAUUGUUUCUAAAGCAAAGAGCAAUGAAGUUGAGAAGAAAAAGAAUUUGUGUGCAGUCCCACUAAACAACCUGAAACCCAUCACUAACAUACAGAUCUGGUUAGCCAAUGAAAGGAUUGUUCAGAAAUUUAACAUUUCUCAUAGGAUAAGCCACAUCAAAGACUUCAUCGAAAAAUACCAAGGAUCUCAAAGAAGUCCUCCCUUUUCUCUGGCAACAGCUCUUCCUGUCCUCAGAUUGCUAGAUGAAACACUAACAUUGGAAGAAGCAGAUUUACAGAAUGCUGUAAUCAUUCAGAGACUCCACAAAACCACUGAACCUUUUAGAGAGUUUUCCUAA